AUGGCAGCAACCGUCAGCAACCAUCAAUAUGCUGGCCCUUUGAGCGGGGUUGCUAGUUCCUUCAACGUCUCCCUUGAUUUUAACUUCCCUCCCACCAACUUCGAGGAAUCCAAAGCCUCGUCAAAGGACUUGGAUUCCUCCAGCGAAGAUGAAAACGACGCCGAAGAGUGGAAGGACGUUAUACAAAAAGCUAACUCCGAAGCGGAGAGCUGGAUGGAACACAAUGCUUCAUUGCCCCGUGUGCCGGGAAAAAACUACAUCAACUGGGAACCACCCAUCACCCUCAUGAAUCACAGCUUCAUCACCCCCAUCCCCCUCCACUUUGUACGUAACCACGGCCCCACCCCUAAUACCCGUUGGGAUGACUGGACCGUCGAGGUCAGUGGCCUCGUCAAACGCCCCGCAGAAUUCACCAUGAACCAACUCGUCAACCAGUUCCCCAGCCGCGAGUUCCCGGUCACGCUGGUGUGUGCCGGCAACAGAAGGGCAGAACAAACCAUGGUGAGGCAGAGCAUCGGUUAUAACUGGCGUGUGGGUGCCGCUUCCACUUCGAUCUGGCGUGGGGUGCCGUUGAGGUACUUGCUCAAGAGGUGCGGGAUCUACAGCCGCACCAAAGGAGCUUUGUACGUGUGUUAUGAAGGAGAUGAGGAUCUGCCAGGUGGCGGUGGGUCCAAGUACGGAACAAGCAUCAAGAGAGAGAUCGCGAUGGAUCCGACCCGCGACGUCAUCCUCGCUUAUAUGCAAAACGGAGAGCGCUUGGCUCCGGAAUUUGGCUUCCCGGUGAGGAUGAUCGUGCCGGGUUUCAUCGCCGGUCGCAUGGUGAAGUGGCUCAAGCGCAUCAUUGUAACUUCACAAGAAUCGCAAAACCACUACCACUAUAAGGACAAUAGAGUAUUUCCCUCCCACGUGGAUGCCGAGCUUGCCAACGCUGAAGGUUGGUGGUACAAGCCUGAGUAUAUUAUCAACGAGCUCAACGUAAAUUCUGUUAUAACCACGCCGUGUCACGGGGAGAUCUUGCCCAUAAACUCAUCGACAACUCAAAAGCCGUAUGUGUUGAGAGGCUACGCAUAUUCCGGGGGCGGGAGAAAGGUGACACGUGUCGAGGUGACAAUGGACGGAGGGGAAACGUGGUCACUGGCCACGUUGGAACGCUCGGAGAAACCGAACAAGUACGGCAAAUACUGGUGCUGGAGUCUCUGGUCGUUGGAAGUGGAGGCGCUGGACCUUUUACGAGACAAGGAAAUCGCCGUACGAGCAUGGGACGAGGCCCUCAACACCCAGCCCGAGAAGCUCAUUUGGAAUGUCAAGGGUAUGAUGAACAACUGCUGGUUCAAAGUGAAGACCAAGGUGUGCAUACUCCUUGAGGGGGGAACUGGAAUUAUGUUUGAGCAUCCGACCAUACAAUCGAACCCUUCUCGCAAGUUGAAGACAUCGGAGUCCAACAAGAGCGUCACAACGCCCUUUAUGAACAACAGCGCCUCCAAUAUGUACUCCAUCUCUGAAGUCAAGAAGCACACCUCCCCCGCUUCUGCUUGGAUCAUCGUUCACGGCUACGUCUACGACUGCACCCGCUUCCUCAAAGAUCACCCCGGCGGCCCCGAAAUCAUCCUCAUCAACGCCGGCACCGACUGCACCGAAGAGUUCGAAGCCAUCCAUUCUAAGGAAGCCAACAAAAUGCUCGAGGACUACCGAAUUGGUGAGAUCAUGACUACCGGUUACGCCCCCCCUGACUCAUCGCCCAACACCUCCCUGCACGGCAAUGGCGAUAUCAGCCACUUAACACCAAUCACGGAAGCCCCACCAUUACGCAGCGUGGCCCUCAACCCACGUGAGAAAAUCCCAUGCAAGCUCGUCUCCAAAGCGUCCAUCUCACGCGACGCGAGACUUUUCCGUUUUGCGCUACCCUCCGAAGACCAAAUCAUGGGUCUGCCGGUGGGAAAGCACAUAUUCGUAUGUGCCAACAUUGAGGAUAAGCUGUGCAUGCGAGCUUACACUCCAACCACCAGCGUGGAUGAAGUGGGGUAUUUUGAUCUGGUGGUCAAGAUUUACUUCAAAGGGGUGCACCCCGAGUUCCCCAGCGGUGGGCUCAUGUCUCAGCACUUGGACUCGCUUCCCAUCGGUUCUGCGGUGGAAGUGAAGGGUCCGCUCGGCCACAUAGAGUACACUGGAAGAGGUCAGUUUUUGGUUCACGGGAAGCCCAAGUUUGCAAAGAGGCUUGCCAUGUUUGCAGGUGGGACCGGAAUUGCGCCCAUUUAUCAGGUGGCGCGAGCCAUUCUGAAAGACCCAGAGGACCGGACCGAGAUGCACAUUAUGUUUGCGAACCGGACGGAGGAUGAUAUUCUGCUGAGAGAAGAGCUCGACGAGUGGGCUGAGAAAGGUGACCGGUUCAAGGUGUGGUACGUGGUGCAAGAAAGCAAGAGUGAAGGGUGGGAAUAUAGUGUGGGUUUCAUCACGGAGGAUAUCCUGAGGGAGCAUGCCCCCAAGGCAUCAGAUGACACGCUGGCAUUAGCUUGUGGGCCACCACCCAUGAUUCAGUUUGCAGUGCAGCCGAAUUUGGAGAAACUGGGGUACGACAUCAACAACAACUUGCUUGUGUUUUAG